AGUUAACUAGAUUUUCUUCUCUAGCACAGCAGCAUGUGGACUGUAAAUGUCAAAUCUCCUAUUCCUAUCCUCUCCUAUUUAGAUUAAGGUAUUUGAAGUAAAGGAUGAAAUUGCAUUUUACUUUGCAAAGCUAAGUCCCUAGAUGAAUACUACGCAAACAGUAUAUUCAUUUUUUAUGAUGACAAGGAAGUAAUCGGUGACUUAGUGAAACUUUGGAAUUUUGUUUGGAGAGUAAAUAUUUUCUCCUGAAGAUGUCUGCUUUCGAGAAAAGAUCUUAGGUGGAAAUUUGGCCAAGUGUGGGAGAAUUGCUUAAACCAUGGACUGAUUAUCGAGUAUUAAGUAGCUCUUAGUUCAAAUGCAUAUGAUCACUUUAACCACAAGCUCUGUUCCUGUGUCUCCUAUCAGCAGUUGCGGCAUCCAGCGAUGAAAGCCAGAUUCCUAUAAUUGCUGUGUCUGUGACAGUGGGAGUCAUUUUGUUGGCAGUGGUUAUUGGCUUUCUCCUCAGUGGAAGGCGGUGUGGCUACAGCAAAGCAAAACAAGAUCCUGAAGAGGAAAAGAUGCAUUUUCAUAAUGGGCACAUUAAACUGCCAGGAGUAAGAACCUAUAUUGAUCCACAUACCUAUGAGGACCCCAAUCAAGCUGUCCAUGAAUUUGCCAAGGAGAUAGAAGCUUCAUGUAUCACCAUUGAAAGAGUUAUUGGAGCAGGUGAAUUUGGUGAAGUUUGUAGUGGACGUUUGAAACUGCCCGGAAAAAGAGAAUUACCUGUGGCUAUCAAAACCCUUAAAGUAGGCUAUACUGAAAAGCAACGGAGAGAUUUCCUAGGUGAAGCAAGUAUCAUGGGGCAGUUUGAUCAUCCUAAUAUCAUCCAUUUAGAAGGUGUUGUAACCAAAAGUAAACCCGUAAUGAUAGUGACAGAAUAUAUGGAGAAUGGCUCUUUAGAUACAUUUUUAAAGAAAAACGAUGGGCAGUUCACUGUAAUUCAGCUGGUUGGCAUGCUGAGAGGCAUCGCUGCUGGAAUGAGGUACCUUUCUGACAUGGGCUACGUGCAUAGAGACCUUGCUGCCAGAAACAUCUUAAUCAACAGUAACCUUGUGUGCAAAGUGUCUGACUUUGGACUUUCCAGGGUACUGGAAGACGACCCUGAGGCAGCCUACACCACGAGGGUAAGAUCUAACAGAAUGCAUUUCUGAAGCACUAGACGAAGAGGAAUUUAAUUUUUAAAGAUUUUUAAGGAAACACCAAAAAGGGCAUUCUUCUGAUAAAACCAGGGAGAGAGAGAACAUCAAAAGCCCAGAUAAUUCUCCUUGUUAUUUUUCAGUAAAGUGAGACAUUAAUAAAGUUUUAAAUGUAAAAGAAAAAAGUUUGUUUCCUAAAUAGCAAUUUAAGUCCCAUUUUUUUUCUAGUAUGUGAUUCAAUGUAUUUCCUUCCUAUAAAAUGGGACACUUAUGUUAAUCGCUUUACAAGAAAAUAUUCCAAACCUGCACGCCCCCCUCUUUCUCUAUAAUACGUAUUUUCUUAUGGAUGAACAAUUUGGAUAUAUAUGCCUGCUUUUAAAAAUUAAGAGAAAAAAAAAAUCUUUACCCCAAAAAAAGCAACAGGAAAAAAAUUUCUUUUGUGAAUUUUGAGAAAAUCUAUAUACUAAUUACCAAGUUAAAAAAAAAAAUUUAUAAUGUAGAUUUCCCCUCAUAAUCCAAUUUCAGUCAUUUGUAAGUUGACUGAAUUAA